CAAUGAGCAGAUCCAGGACCCGGCGGAGGCGGUCCGUCUGCGAGCUCCUCCGUCACCAGCGACAUGAGGCUGUGGCCGCAGGCAUGGGGUGUCGUCCGGGGCGUUUGGCGCGAGUACUUCCCUCUGCAAGGUCACGAUGUAGCACGCUGGUUCCCCGGCCACAUGGCCAAGGGACUAAAGAAGAUGCAGAGCAGUCUGAAGUUGGUGGAUUGUGUUAUCGAGGUUCAUGAUGCCCGGAUCCCAUUUUCAGGCCGAAACCCUCUGUUCCAAGAGCUACUUGGUCUGAAGCCGCAUUUGCUUGUCCUUAACAAAAUGGACUUGGCGGAUCUUACAGAGCAGCAGAAAAUUGUCCAGUGCUUAGAGAAAAAAGGCCUGAAAGAUGUCAUUUUUACCAACUGUGUAAAGGAUGAAAACGUCAAGCAGAUCAUCCCAAAAGUCAUGGAACUGAUCAGGUGCAGCUACCGCUACCACCGAGCAGAGAACCCAGAAUACUGCAUCAUGGUGGUUGGUGUCCCCAAUGUAGGCAAAUCCUCCCUUAUCAACGCCCUGAGGAGGCAGCACCUCAGGACAGGAAAAGCUGCCAGAGUGGGUGGUGAGCCAGGCAUCACAAGAGCUGUGACAACCAGAAUCCAGGUAUGUGAGCGUCCACUGAUGUUCUUGCUGGAUACUCCUGGGGUGCUGUCUCCUCGGAUUGAAAGCGUGGAGACAGGCCUGAAGCUGGCCCUGUGUGGAACUGUGUUGGACCACCUUGUUGGGGAAGAGACCAUGGCUGAUUAUCUUCUUUACACCCUCAACAGGCAUGGGCUGUUUGGGUAUGUGCAGCACUACGCCCUGGCCAAUGCAUGUGACCAAAUAGAGUGGGUGCUGAAGAACGUGGCUAUCAAGCUGGGGAAGACACGGAAAGUGAAGGUUCUCACAGGCACAGGUGAUGUCAAUGUUAUCCAGCCUGAUUAUGCCAUGGCAGCUCGAGACUUCCUCCGGACCUUCCGCAGUGGGCUGUUGGGCCAGGUGAUGCUGGACCGAGACAUUAUACCUGCUUGCUGAUGACAUCAUCCCCUGGACUGGCUGGCUGCAGCAUGGGCUCCUGCAUACUCUGUGUGGCUGCAGGGGAGUGUUUAAUGCUUAGAACUAUUCCUCCAAUUCAGAAGCUCUCUGAGCUGGUACUCGAGACUCAGGCCCCAGCUCUAAAGGGCACUAAAUUCUCGUGUCUACCAGAGCCUGGUCAGUCCUGGUUACUACUCUCAGGCCUCAGGAGUUCUGCAUAUGGGGCUUGGUCAGGAGGUUUUCUCAGUCUCAGGAAGAGAUUAAUGGUAUCUCAGAGGAGUCUGAGUUAUAAUCUGUAAUUUUAAAAAAGUGGGUUAAAAGGCCCACUUUAAAAAAACAAUUUCUCUCUGACUUAUCUUAUUUUACUUUAUUUAUUUUUUGUCAUUUUCAGACAAAGUUUCAUCAUGUGGCUUGGGCUGGUCUCAAACACAUUCCUUCUGCCUUAGCCUCUUGAGUGCUGGGAUUAUACAGGUGUGUGCCAUGACACCCAAUUGAAAGACCUAUUUUCCAAUGGCUUUUUCACUAUGCACUUAGUGUGUUGAGCCCAUAAGUUCAAUUCCCUUCCACCAAUGAAUGAUUAGGGGACUGGGGUUCCUAAGUCAGAUUCCCAAGUGUCUCAAAGUUCUGCAAUGAGGGAGAAGCCUGUUACCAGCAGAGGGCUUUAUUUCAUGACGCACUCCUCACAGAUAAAGUGCACAGACACAGACAGGAGGUUUGCCGCAGUGAAGUUCAGGAGUGCCCUCUCCCCGUACUUCAGGGCCUGUACCUUAGGAGGCUACCUGCUGUAGGCUCAACUUUGUCCAGGACAGAAGAGCACUGGAAGCGAAUCACAUCUAGCCAUUGAAACCAUGGUGGCUGCAGGAGUGCUGCGGAGGGCGUGUGCCAGCAUGGUUGACCUUCAUGUACCUGUAGGCACCUAGAAGAUGUUGCUGCUCGCAGCUUGCUCUCUUAAAAGAAAAGGCAAGGGGUUGGUUGAUAAAGAUAGGAAGUACUGUUGGGCCAGCUGGUCUAUCCCUGCUCAGUAGUUCUAGUCUCUUCUGUUCAGUAUUGACCUGGGAUGUCCAUAGUUGCUUGAACCAGUGCUUGUAUGCUCGGCAGGCUCCCUGCUUCUUGUGGAUGGCUGGUAGCAGGAGUAGCCUUCCACUGUUGCCUCUUGCUGUGGCUGCAGUAUGCUAAGUAUCUUCUGAGAGUCUCCCUCAGCAUCUAUAGUUCCUGCUAGUGGAGAAGGUAUUCAAAGAUGUGUGGCUGUGUCAAAUGCUAAACACUCUGGAGAAGUCAGAGUGGUGAAUAUGAAAUAAUCAUUAAAAGGUGAUAUGUUCAUAA